GUAAACAAAUGCUUGGGAGGAAGAGAAAUGGGGGCGAGAAAUGGCGAAGAAUGAAAAAUAAUUUUUAAUAUUUACCCAAAAUGUCAAUGGAUUUGAAGGCAGUUGUUGCCUUACAUGUAAUUUUAUUGUUCCAUUUUUCGCAAGAGAAAAAUGUUUUGAUUCUUUUAGCUGAUGAUGCUGGCUUGGAGGGCGGUGUAUACAACAAUAGCCAGUGUAAGACCCCCAACCUUGAUGCUUUGGCAGCCAAGAGUCUGGUGUUCAAGAAUGCUUUCACCUCUGUUAGCAGUUGCUCACCCAGCAGAUCUGUUGUGCUGACGGGGCUGCCCCAGCAUCAGAAUGGGAUGUACGGUCUCCACCAGGGUUACCACCACUUCAUGACCUUUAAUGAAGUACAGAGUCUCCCAAAAAUACUCCACAAUAAUGGCAUCAGAACAGGAAUUGUAGGCAAGAAGCAUGUUGGUCCGGAGCAUGUUUACCCGUUUGAUUAUGCCGAGACCGAGGAGCACCACUCAAUCCUUAAGGUUGGCCGAAACAUCACCUACAUGAGAAAUCUGGUCAGGAAGUUCCUGUCUGCUAAUGAUUCAAGGCCAUUUUUCUUGUACAUUGGUUUUCAUGAUCCACACCGGUGUGGGCACACCAAUCCCCAGUAUGGGGCAUUCUGUGAGAAGUAUGGUAACAGGGAGCCGGGCAUGGGCAAUAUUCCAGACUGGGAACCUGUACACUACGACCCCGACAAGGUUAAGGUCCCAUAUUUUGUACAAGAUACGCCAGCUUCAAGACUGGAAAUUGCCAAACAAUAUACUACAAUAAGCAGACUUGAUCAAGGUGUUGGUCUAAUGUUAAGAGAGCUGGAGAGGUCUGGGCACCUUGAUGACACACUCGUCCUGUAUUCGUCUGACAAUGGGAUCCCGUUCAUCAAUGGACGCACAAAUCUUUAUGACUCCGGCAUGGUGGAACCCUUCCUUCUGGCAUCCCCGUACAACACACGCAGAAAGGGGCAGGUGAGUGAGGUGAUGGUAAGCCAUGUUGAUAUCACCCCGACUGUUCUCGACUGGUUCAACAUUCCUUACCCCACAUACACUGUCAACAACAAACCAGUCAAACCCACCGGUAAAUCACUACUUCCAGUGCUGGAUUCUGAACCCACCUCAGGAUGGGACACAGUGUUUGCCAGCCAUAACCUGCAUGAAGUCACCAUGUACUAUCCAAUGAGGGUUGUAAGAAACAGGCAGUACAAACUUAUUCAAAAUUUGAAUUACAAAAUGCCAUUUGGCAUUGACCAAGAUUUCUACAUCUCUGACUCAUUCCAAGACAUUUUAAACAGAACAAGAUCAAGAAAACCUACUCACUGGUUCAAAACAUUGAAGGAGUAUUAUUACAGACCAUUAUGGGAGCUGUAUGAUGUGGAAAAUGAUCCUCUAGAGAGAAAGAAUCUCGCGCUACAUUCCAGCCUGACAAGCAGAUCUGUUUAUGAGAGAAUGAAGCAGGAGUUGGUGCUCUGGCAGAACUUGACCUCUGACCCCUGGAUCUGUGCUCCUGGGGGUGUGCUCGAGGAUGCUGGCAGAUACAAGAACACACCCACCUGCUUCCAGCUAGAUAACUCAGUUGAAAUAGACCAUCUACAUGGGGAACUGUGAUUUCGCUUAUGUCAUAGCACAAGCAAAGAAUGAAUUUAGAACAUCUGAAGACACUGAUCAUAUAACUGUUGAUUUUUAUUUACAUGUACUCCAAGAUCUGAAUUUUUAAAGUAUUAUUGGUACUUUAUUUUUAGUCAAACAUUUGGGAGCUGUAUGAUGUGGAAAAUGAUCCUCUAGAGAGAAAGAAUCUCGCGCUACAUUCCAGCCUGACAAGCAGAUCUGUUUAUGAGAGAAUGAAGCAGGAGUUGGUGCUCUGGCAGAACUUGACCUCUGACCCCUGGAUCUGUGCUCCUGGGGGUGUGCUCGAGGAUGCUGGCAGAUACAAGAACACACACACCUGCUUCCAGCUAGAUAACUCAGUUGAAAUAGACCAUCUACAUGGGGAACUGUGAUUUCGCUUAUGUCAUAGCACAAGCAAAGAAUGAAUUUAGAACAUCUGAAGACACUGAUCAUAUAACUGUUGAUUUUUAUUUACAUGUACUCCAAGAUCUGAAUUUUUAAAGUAUUAUUGGUACUUUAUUUUUAGUCAAACAUUUAUGCUUUACCUGUAAUCAAUAUUUGCUUAUUAUAUAAUUAUGAUCUAUUUUUUUUAUGUAAGAUAACCAACUAACUUUUGAAACAUACAAUGUAUACUUAAGGACGUAAUUUUUGCAAAGGUUUUUAAUAUUAAAAUUCUUCCUACAAAGAGAAUUCCAAACAUAAAUCGUGAUUUUAAUUAUGUUUCUGCAAGAAAUCUUAUGAACUAGACCAAUAUUAAGUACCAGUAAUGUGGGUACAUUAUGCAUGAUAAGUCAUGGACACCCUCAAUUUGGCAGGUAUCCUCUUAGCCGAAUACAAAUGAAUUCAUUUCAAUAUUCUUAUGUCCACACAUAUUGAUCAUGGAUACAGGCAAUAGUGGCCACUUAUUGAUUAAUGUGAACUUGAGGCCACAUGUUAAAAUGGAUAAUGUUAAACAAAUGUGUCUAGGCAGUUGGACAGUUUUAAGCAGAAGUAAAAAUAUUAAGGACUUUGAAUGUCCACAAACACAGAAUAACAUGUCUAUUGGCAAGUUGCAAACAUUUUGAUGCAUCAAUGUUCAAAGAAUGACUGUAAGACCACGCCCCAAGCAGGACAUUUUGAGCAACAUAGUGUUAUAAAUUGAAAAAUUUAAUGAUGCGAAUGUGUUCAAAUCUUAUUUGACACAUACAGUAGAUAUUCCCGUAAAAAAAAUAUGAUUUUUAACAAAGGCCCUUUUUCAAACUUUUUACAUGACCAGGUGAAAAUCAAUAAAACCAUUAGGUACGGCAAAAAAAUUAAGGGAAUGGUUGUUUCUUAUUGUUACCAGGAAUUGAUAUCAUUCUCAAAGACAUUAUUUGUUGGAAUGAUUAAUUGUAUUAUAUUAAAAAAAAACAUGCAGAACUUUUGUCCAUAAAUAUAUAUUUCUUUAAGCAAAGAUGACUUAAUUCCCAGAAGUUAGAAAUGAAGAAAUUCACAAUUCUUAUAAAAAUAUUUAUCUGUUUUAAAUAUAUUUUUCAGUUGACAAUGACUCACUACAUGUAAAUUAUAUAUGCAGAUACUAUACAUACAUGUACAUAUAAAUGUUGCAUGCAUAACAAAACAAACUGUGCCAAAAACUCAAUAAAAUGUAUAUGUUUU